AUGGAGAGCACAAGCGAAGAAACAGCAUUGGACAUCGCAUUGUUAGUCGCUCAGUUCUUGGUUAACAGCCAUCGUUACCAGAACGCUAUCGAUCUUUACGAAGAGAUUUUGGUCAUUUCCAAGCUAGAGUGCUUUCAAGCAAUUUUCUAUUUCGAGGAUGUACAACUUUUUAUACAUCAACAGCUAACCAGCGCCUAUUACUGCUUGGGGAACGCAAAUGAGGCAGUGAAACACGCACAACGGGUCGUUAAAAUGAGCAUGGAAAACGGCAAUCGAGCACAAGAAGCGACAGCCCUUGGUUGCCUCGGCUUGCUGUACGAGGACCUGAAGAAAUAUGACAACUCAAUCGCUGCGUAUGAAAGAUCGCUUGGAUUACUGGAAGAGAUAGGUGAUAAGCAAGCUGAGGUUAUAGUCCUAAACAAUCUAAGCUCUGUUUAUGAUGGUCUCCGUCAGUAUGACAAAUCAGUCACGUCCCUGUUAAGAGCGCUGGAAGUCCUGAAAGUGCUUGGCGACAGAGCUGAUAAAGAAGAUGAAAGGAAAAUUUAUGCCAACCUUGGUAAAGCAUACCUCAGCCUCUGGCAACACGACGAGUCCAUUUACUAUAAGACGAAAGCUCUGGAAACCAGCCAAGCAAUUGGAAAUAAAUCAGGAGAAGCAUUUGACGCAAUCAACCUCGGAAACUCGUAUUUCGUUCUUGGAAAGUAUGAAGAGGGGAUCAAAUAUUUGGAGAGAUCCCUCGCGUUAAACAAAGCCGCCGGAAACAAGCAAGGAGAAGUGAACAGUUCCUAUAAUCUUGCUAGUUUGUAUACGGUCCUCGGAAGGUAUGAUAAAGCCAUGAGCCACUUAAAGAGAUCUCUUGAUAUCAGUGUUCAAAUCGAGCACGAGCUGGGAGAAGCCAGAUCGUACCUCGGUCUGGGUGAGGUAUACCGCGGUAGAAGCAUGUGGGAAAAAUCAGUCACAUUCCUGAAACGUGCGCUUGAAAUAAUGAAAGAAAUUGAGGAUAAAAGUGGAGAACUAAUCGCCCAUGAGUCCUUGGGAAGUGUUUAUGGUUCCCGUGGCGAUUAUGAUAACUCGCUUGAAAAUUUUGAAAAAGCUCUAGAGAUCAGUGUCGCGUUGGGGGACAAAAAAGGUGAGGCCUCGGUGUGCAGCAACCUGGGUGCCCUGUACCUCAAUUUUGGUCAGUUGGAUGAUUCAGCCAGUUAUCAAGAAAGAGCUCUCCAACUUUUAAGAGAAACUGGCGACAGAGAGUUUGAAUCUUCGGUUCUGUCCAAGUUAGGAACUGCCAGCUUCGUCUGCAAGCAGAGUCCUAGCGAAGCAGUUGAGUAUCUGAGUGAAAGCAUCUCAUGCAGCGAGAGACAGAGUGAAGGACUUGAUGACCAAACGAAAUUGUCACUCAGGGAACAGAGAAUAGGGCGGUACCAUGUCCUCUACGUGAUUUUGAUUUACAUGGGGAGGUUUACCGAUGCGCUGUACGCCGCUGAAAGAGGACGCGCCCGCUGUCUGGUAGAUUUAAUGGCAGAGAAGUAUUCGAUUGAAAACACGUCUCCACCAAGGAGAAUUGGGGUAGAGUUUAGCGAGAUGAAACGCCUUUCCUCGAACAAGCAAGUUAACAUCGUCUUCAUGACCACAUCGUUGACAACCGUCUUUUUCUGGGUUAUCAAGCAAGGCGCGGAAAUCGCUUUUGUGGAAUCAAUUUGUGAACAGUGUUCUGAAGACGUGGAAACUACCCUGGAAGAGAUGGUAACGAAGAGUCAUCGGUCCGUCUGUGAAAAUAAUGAGGCCAAGUGCGAAGAUCGCUCACUGAAGGCGCUAUAUGGAGACGUUCAAAAUGAAGCGAUGGACUUGCGCAAUGUAGAGCUCACAGAGGACGAGGAGGAAGAGGAAAUGAAGAAUACAAGUUCAAUACUGCAUCUGAUGUACAACAUGUUAAUAGCCCCUGUUGAGCAUCACAUCAAAGGUCAAGAAAUCGUCAUUGUUCCUGAAGGUAGCAUGUUCAGGGUUCCAUUUGCCGCACUGGUAGACGCCAGUGGAACGUUCCUGUCGGAGUCGUUACGAAUUCGACUCGCUCCGUCUCUUACAACUCUCACUAUGAUCCAAGAACGCCAACACGAUCUCCACAUGGACCAAGAGGGCGGGGCUCUGAUCGUCGGAGACCCGGACCUUCCUGGGAUAAUGAGACUGUCACCAUUGCCUGGAGCUCGAAUAGAAGCCAUAGAAAUUGCCCAGGAGUUGGGCGUGACACCGCUGGUUGGAAAACAGGCCACCAAACAUGCAGUAUUGCAAAGGAUUCAGGAAGUAGCUCUGGUCCACAUUGCUGCUCACGGAAGCUCAGAAAGAGGAGAGAUCGCUCUCGCUCCCGACAUUUCUCCUUCUCAAGUUCCAAAGAAGGAGGACUGUUUGCUGACCAUGGCAGACAUCGCAAAGGUUGGUAUCCGAGCCAAACUGGUCGUGCUAAGCUGUUGUCACAGUGGUCGCGGAGAGAUCAUGAAAGCCGAGGGAGUUGUGGGUAUUGCUCGCGCCUUUUUAGCUUCUGGCGCUCUUUCAGUUCUCGUGUCCCUGUGGCUGCUGGAUGAUAGUUCCACCAAAGAGUUCAUGAUUCGUUUCUACGGGCAUCUAGUGCGUGAUAAACUGAGUGCAAGUGAAGCUCUUCACCAGUCCAUGAAGUGGAUGAGAGAAACCAAGAAGUACACGGUGAGUGACUGGGCACCAUUUGUUCUGAUUGGAGAUGACGUUAAAUUUGACUUUAAUCUGCGGAAUGAACUAGUCUGA